AUGCACUUCACCGUCUUCGCCGUCUUCGCCGCCGCCGUCGUCCAUGCCGGCCAUGCCACCUACUUUGAGCCCAACGGAAACGCGGGUGCCUGCGGUUGGGACAUCAGCAACGACGUCUGGGCUGUUGCCCUCCCUCCCCAGGCUUGGGACAAUGGUGCUCACUGCGGCAAGGGCAUCAAGAUCAAGAGCAACGGCAAGACGCUGGACGGCUACAUUGCCGACCUCUGCGCCGAGGGCUGCGCUUCCGACCAGGUCGACCUCACCCGCGGCUUCUUCCAGCAGUUUUCUCCCCUCUCCGCGGGUAAAAUUGUUGUCGACUGGUCGUACUAA